GUUUGGAAACAGUUGCUUUUUUACGUUUUAUGGUAAAAAACAAGGAAACAAAAAGCAAAAUAGGUGUCAGUGAAACAGCAUUAACACAACAUGAAAUACGUGACAUUUUGGGUAAUAAUAUUUCCAAAUGUAUUCUUCCUAUGGAUUUGAAAAGGUAUUUUAAUAAAGAUAAUGAAGAUGAUAUGUCCAGAUGGGCCGAUACUUUUUUUGUGGCAUUACUAAGCUUUUUUAGUGAAAAUGGAAAUGUGGCGGAUACAAAUAUUCAUCCCUUAGAUGCACUUCGUCCUAAGAUUUAUACUUUACUCAAAUUUAUGAG